AUCGGCGCCUCUAUCUCUUUUCCGUCGAAUGUCCCCGACUGCGCCACUCGGUGUGUACAAAUGUCGGCAGCCGCUUCGUCGUCAUUGUUGCUGUCGAAGGCGGCUCGGUUCCUCGCCGCGCGAGCCCCUGGAAGCUUCGCGAAGCUGCGCGCCGUCGAGAGCCUUAUAAGGCCCCUCCGCACCUUAAAGACUCCUCCGAUCGCUGCCGCCGGGAUGGAAGGGGGGGAACGCGGCUCGGCGUCUAAGCCCGGGAUCUCGGUCUCUUCGGGCGGUGGAUCGGGCCACACCUUCCCGAUCUCUCGUUCGACCGUCCUUAAGAUCCAGAAGGGGGACAUCACUGUGUGGUCCGUCGAUGGAUCGACCGACGCGAUCGUAAAUGCAGCAAAUGAAAAAAUGCUCGGAGGUGGUGGUGUAGAUGGAGCCAUACAUAGAGCUGCUGGCCCAGAACUUUUAGAGGCAUGUCGAAAGGUCCCUGAGGUCCAGCCAGGAGUUCGUUGUCCCACAGGCGAAGCCAGGAUAACUCCAGCUUUCCGGUUGCCUGUGGCACAUGUGAUACAUACUGUUGGCCCCAUCUAUGAUGUUGAUAAGCAGCCUGAGGUUUCUCUGAGUAAUGCAUACAGAAAUAGCUUGAAGCUAGCUAAAGAGAAUAAUAUUCAAUAUAUUGCUUUUCCAGCUAUAUCUUGUGGUGUCUACAGAUACCCUUACAAGGAAGCUUCCAGUAUAGCUAUAUCUGUGGCAAAGGAGUUCCCUGACGCCUUUAAAGAGGUACACUUUGUGUUGUUUUCAGAUGAACUUUACGGUGUCUGGCUUGAGAGUGCUAAUGAGCUGCUGUAGACAUGAUGGUAAGAAUGCUCGGAUACAUCGAAGCUAGGACCUGAUCUGGAUAAGCAUUAGUAAUAUAGUUAUGUCAUGAGAACAAUGUAUUGUGCAACCUAUCUGCAGAAUGGUGAAUCUUGUGUGCCUGUUAAAUCUCUAUGGGAGAAACUUUUUAUCA